GUGUUACCAUGGUCGUUUUGGGUCUUUUUUUUCCGAUGGACUACUCGCAUAAAGCGUAAAUCCGUCCCCUGUGGUGGUCGCAAAAACCACCGAUCACGUCGUUCAUCUCAGUAAAAGAGCGAACAAACUAACGAAGACAACAGCAGUGAACAGCUUUGCUGAUCCGUCCACGGUCCGCCGUCUAACACGGUCGUCAGAAUAAAGAAGAAUCGAACCGUAUUUAUCCUGCCGUGUCGACCUUGUUCGGCUGCUGCAGCUGGCCCGUUCUUCGUAGCGUUGGCCAACCUUCGUCGCCCCGUACCUUUGUUAUCUGCUUCUGGGAUAUUGAUAAUCGAAUUGUCGUAAUUCGUAAAAUAAUAAUAAUAAUAAUAAUAAUAUUAUAUGAUUAUGCUCGAUGUGAUAUUAUUAUAUACACACAUCGUAUUGCAUUAUACAUUAUUAUUAUUAUACACGCAUCACACACACGAACUACGAAGAGCAUAAAGGAGGAAUCUAAAAUUAAUUUUUCUGGCUUGUUUUAAUUCAUUAUUUUUCUCCAUUCCGUAUUUCGUUGUUUGUUUUACUCUCUCUGACGACGGCGACGACGAAAACAACGAUUAACAUUGACUACAGCGACGAAUAGUGGAUACUCCUUUUUCGCUCUGACCGUUCGCCGCCCCGUCUUCGGUUUGAUCGCAGUUUUGUUUUCCGAACGCAUUGCGUCCGCAGAAAGAUGUCACUAAGAUCGAAGACUGUGUGCGAGAUAUGCGGCGAAUCGUUUUUGACUGAAAACAAACUAUCCAACCAUAUAACGGAACGACACGUCCACUCGUCUACGAGUCCGUCGCCAAGCGUCGGUUCAUCGUCCAAGCGCCGAAAACUGGACGCCGACUCCGAUGUCAGGUGUCCGCUCUGUGACUACGUAGAUCUCGACACUGACCGUCUGCAGCAACAUGUUAAUCGCAUGCAUUUUGACCCCGGCAGUCCCCGACGUCCGGGUACUGUAGACUUCCCUUGUCCGAUAUGCCCGCUGGCGUUUGAUCACUGUGAUAAUCUCGAAGCUCACAUAAAUGAAGAACACCAUGAUAUUGUUAGCCCUCAAACGGACUGUGAUAGUCAGAGGAUACCGUUGUUGGAAAAUAUCAACGAAGGUUGUGUGAUAUGUGGAAUGAAAAAUUUUGAUAGCUUAAGAGAUUUGGAUGCACACAUUGAGCAACAUUACCGAGGUUCAACACCACCUACCCAAGAUCAUUUAUCCAAUCAUGAUCAACUAUUGGCAAAACAAUUGGAAAAACAAGAACGUGAACGUAUGAAACAAAAAGAACAAGAAGAUUUUCAAAAAUUACAAUCUGCUUAUGGCAUGGAUAACAAAGGCAAUUAUAAUCAACAAACUAUGACUAACCUACAAGAAGCUGUAUCCAGUGGCCAAUUAACUGUUUAUGAUUAUUACGAUAAAAUAUAUGAAAUAAAAAUGGCUGAAAGUAAAGGACUUGAUACUGGUGAAUCAGCUACUAGAGACUUGAUUGAGUACAUUCGUCACUUCAGUGCUUCAUCACCAAAUGUAAUAGAAUUACAUUUGGCUUCUCCAACCGAUCAUUAUAGAUCAACUUAUGGCGACAAAGGUUGGGGAUGUGGAUAUAGGAAUAUGCAAAUGUUAAUGUCCAGUAUGCUUUUACAAAUGGAUUAUAACGAACAUAUAUCAAGAGUGUGGGAAGUUGAGAAAGGACCUUUACCACGGGCAUGGAUGCCAUCUAUAUCAAGAUUACAGCAACAUUUAGAAAAAUCCUGGAGCAUGGGUAUUGAUGAACCUGGUAGAGAACAAUUAGGUGGUACUGUGUAUAACACGAAAAAAUGGAUCGGAGCCACUGAAGUUGUUACUAUGCUAACAGCUUUGAAAAUUAAAACAUUAUUAAUUGACUUUCGAAAACCAACUGGUUCGAAAAAUACUCAUCCAGAAAUGUUUCUCUGGUUGUAUGAACAUUUUAGCAAUAGAAAAAAACAAUUUAUUCCUCCGGUUUAUAUACAACAUGAAGGUCAUAGUCGAACUGUAGUCGGUGUUGAAAAACUAUCUGAUGGUACAAUUUUGCUGUUAGUAUUAGAUCCAAGUGGUCAUUAUGAUAAAUUAAGAACAGAAGCUGGGAUGACAACUAUGUCACAUAUAAGAAAAUCUAUGUACACAUUCAAGGCAAGAGAGUAUCAACUAGUCACAGUCAGUGGCAUAAUCACAAGUGAUUCAGAAUUUGAAAGUGGCAAAACGAUUAAAUCUACUCGUGGUUCAUAACAACUAUUAAGAAAUUGAUUUUGCAGAGCUUAAAAAUGUUGUUUGUAUUUUAAUUUUCCUUUUUAUACAUUCUAAAAUUCUGUAAAAUAUAAUUAUAGCCCAAACGCAAACUAUAAUGUUUAACACUUUUAGAAUAUCUACAUUACAAGUUACUUUAUUUAAUGUUUAUAAUAUAAUCACUUAAAAUCCAUCAUUACAGGUAGUGAUUUUAAUAAAAUACUGUACUUUAUAGAAUAUAAAUAUAUUUUUUUUGUAAUUUAAUUUAUUUAUUGUCAAAACAAGAACUCAUAAAAUAAAUAGAGUUUGGUUUUUAAAUUAAUACAUUUAAUAGACUAGACAAAAUUAAUGUAUCUACAGUGUAAAUUUGUACAAAAAAAAAACAUUUACAACAGAUUUUAGGAAUGCUUACUAUUCAAAUACUAAAACCCAUUUUUCUCAUGCAUUCCUUAUGUGCUUCAAUUAGGUGUCGACAAUUUUCUUCUCCGUUUUCCAUAAUACUGUAAAAAUCAAAUAAGUAAAUAAUAAGUAAUGGUAUAUGAAUCUGGAUUUUUUUUUUUGUAAUUAAUUAUUAGAGAUUAUGUCAAUAAUUUGAGUUUCCAUAAAGUAUACAUAUAUAUAUAUGUAUACAUAUAUUUAUGCGUGUGUGUGCAAGUUUAGUUUUAGAAAUAACAGAUUUAAGAUAUAUUUUUUACUUGUAUAAUAAUGAUACUUGAAUACUGUCAAAAUUAAAAUAUUAUUAGAUUUUUGUUGAUUUA